AUGCGGAACGGAUGGAUCUCGGAUGCCUCAUUCACGCUCAACGGAACGAACAUAUCCGAAUGCACCAGCUACGUUUAUCUGGGUCCGGAAUUGAAUAUGAUGAACGACCUGACCCCCGAGCUGGGCAGGAGGAGAAGAGCGGCUUGGGGCGCGUACAAGAGCAUCGAGGAUGUUGUGAAGAAGACCAGUAACACUCGGCUUCGUGCUCACCUCUUCAACACCACCGUACUUCCUGCUUUGACUUAUGCUUCCGAAACCUGGGCAUUUCACAAGCAGGAAGAAAACGCGGUGGGCGUCACUGAACGCGCAAUUGAGAGAGUGAUGCUAGGAGUAUCCCGUUUCACGCAAGUGAGGGACGGGAUUCAAAGUUCUCUCCCACGUCAGCGAUCGAAUAUUAGAGACGCCGCCGCGUUUGCCAAGGAAGGAAAAUAA